UGUUUUUUUGCGGGCCAAGAUGAAUUUUUCUGCCUCUAGUGAUUACUGUGGCGACGCCAGGGUCAUUCUGCAAGCAAUCAUAACGCCUAACAAGAAGAAGCUGACAUUUUCACCCGGUGAUACCGUGCUAGACGUGGGAUGUGGUACCGGUGAAGAUACCAAAUUAACGGCGCUCAAAGUCGGCAAAGUCACAGGAAUUGAUUCAUCCAAAGAAAUGUUGGACUUUGCCUUGAAAAACAAUUCCUCCUCCAGCAUCACAUAUCUGCUGGAAGACGCACAGACUGUCGGUGACAAUCCUGAUCUGCGCGGGAAAUUUGACAAAGUUGUUUGUUUUCAUGUUCUCCAUUGGGUUCCUGACGUCAUCAAGGCACUUGGGAGCAUUUGUGACUGUCUAAAACCGGGAGGGGAAGCUCUAAUCAUCAUGGACAACCACAUUGACGACUUACUUUAUUAUUCCGCAGAUUAUUAUUUAGAAGACCAUGUCAAAUGGAGUAAAUAUGUUAAGGGCUAUACAAAUCAAUGCCAAUUGUGGACUAAAUCGGUACCAGCCACUGAGGAUGUACUCCCAUCUUGUGGUUAUGCAAAUGCCCAUUGUGAAGUUCAGGAACACGCCAUGGACUUAUCUGAGAAGCAAAUGAAAUUGCUUUUUCAGACCCAAAUGCCGCAAAUCUCGUUAAUUCACGAGAAUGAACGAGAUGAGUGUCUGGGAGAUUUGUGGAUCUGGGCCAAAACUCGCUACCAACCGAAACUCGGUGGCCAGACUGAAAAUGUCACCCUCUCAUUCAAAGUCAUGGUAAUGUAUGCAGAGAAGUCAACGUAG